CAGGCUUUAAAAUGAGACGCAUGACGGCCUGGCCCGGAAUCCGUUCGGCCAGCCGAGCCCAAUACCAGCCUUUCCACGCCAUCUUCGACACGUGUGGCUCGCUCUUGGCCGUUAGUUUCCCAAAGCCAUUACUCCCGAUUCUCUCUUACAUUCGCGCGAAAAACUGGUAAAGAAGCAAUCCUUGAAACACUUCCUUCUCCGAUUCUUCCUCGUCCUCUCUAAAAAAGCCCUCUCAAAAUCCAAACCCUUCCUCAUGUUCUCCUCCCAAAUCCUCUCUUCCACCCUCAAACCCUUCUCUUCCCAUUCAAAUCCCUCAUUUCCCUCCCACCAUCGCUCAAAUGCUCUCCCAAUCCCUCUCUCUCUCCGCUUCGAACCCUUGGAAUCUCAGCCGAAGAUUGAAGAAUCUCCGAGAUUCCCCUUCGAACCCUCGGAGUCUCGCCCUAAGAUCGAAGGAUCUUCUGAAUUCCCUGCCGAUCCUUCGGAAUCUCACCCGUUGAUUGAAGACUCUUCUUCGGGCAACGAGGAUUAUAGAGUGGAUAAGAAAAGCAUCGAUCAUGGCGGUAUAGAUGCGAACGGAGACAAGGAAGAGAAGCGGAUAUCUGGAAUUCAUGUGCCGAGGCAGAGAUAUAUUUCAGUUUCCAAGGCAGAGCUUCUCGAUGGUAUACUCUCUAUGUUCGAGUCGCAGGAAAGCAUCGAUGACUUUCUCCAAGUGUCUUUAUGCUUGGACUCCAUUAUUCAUGCUGAACACAAAAGCAUUUUAGAGGAGAUGCGAAUUGAUUAUUCCCUGACUCAAUCGCCAGAAUCCAAGGGAAACAGUGCGCCAUCUUUGGCAGCAUCUGAAGAAGAUCUCAUGGACAGCUUGCAGCCUUUAGCUUCGGAUGAUUCUCUUGGCAGCGAGAGUGUGGGAAACAGUCCGGAGAAGGACAAAAAUGUCAAACCACCACCUUUCUAUUAUGGUUUGGACCUGAGUUUUCUGUUACGUUUAUCUGUCAGAAGGUCUAGAAGAAAUUCUGUUGCGGAAUCUAGAAUUGCUGUAGCGACUCGUUUCCAGCGAGCUUUCAUGAAACUUCUACACAAUGCUGAGUUUGAGGAACUAUCAGCUGCGGAUUUGCUGCUGACAUCUGCAUUAAAUACUGAUUAUCUCCUGACAUUGCCAAUAUAUGUUGACUGGAAGAAAGCGUCAGAUUCUAAAGCAAUAAUAUUCAGGCGCGGAUAUGCUACUGAAAGGCAGAAGGGGUUUUUAAUUGGUGAAAAGCUGGAUUAUUUACAGUCGAGGCUUCUGCAAGGGAUUUUCUUCACUAUAUCAAGACCAUUGGAAAAAGUUGGCUUGUGGAUAAAUGAGGCAAUGAAAAGCGCUAGCCAGACAGAAGAAAUCCAAAAUUGGAUUGAGAGAUUUAGGACUUGGCUCAAGGAGCUAUCUUUGCCUCAAGGGACACAUUCUUAUGAUGAAAUGGCACUCAAUGAGCAACUGGUAGUUGACCAAUUAUCAGAUAGUGACCUUCCUAUUUGGUUUGCCGCACAAAGAGCUGUCCCUCGAUAUGAAGGCCUUCUAUCAUCAGUACUUGGACCUCGUGGGAGGCUCUUAAGGAAAUUGCUCAUGUGGAUCGGAAUUAUUCCCUCCAUGCCAGAAACAUCAUUCAAGAUUGAUAAUGCUAGUAAAAGUUCCGAACCUUAUUUGAGGCCCAACUCUUUAUCGAGGAUAUCACUUGCUGACAUUUGGAAACCUGCUACACGGGAAUCUUGCGGAAAUGAUCUCUGGAAAAUGUUUAAAACGUCUAUAUCUGUACUUUUUUCCCAGUCAGUUCUCCAGGAACCAGCUUUUGAAGAAUUAAUAUUGCUUUAUACUGAGGAACAAGGUCAAAGAGAGACUGAAGAUGAAGCCGAGAUUCCUUCUUUGCAGUUGAAGAUCUAUGAGAGAAUCCCUAUUCCGGAUCUUCUUGUUAUUUUUCCCCACAAAAAACUAUCUUUCCGGAUCCUAGAUACGGUACGCUUGGAUGUUGCGAGCAUUCUGGGACUGUUGGCAUUCUUUGUAAAUUACAAAUUUGAGAAUAUUCUUUCAUCUCCGUCAGCAAUUUUGCUUGAUGUGAUCGCAAUUAGUGCACUUAUAAUAUAUGUUACACGUGUAGCACUCGGUUACAAACAAACCUGGGAUCGUUAUCAACUUCUAGUCAACAAGACGCUCUAUGAGAAAACCUUAGCAAGUGGCUUUGGCUCUGUCCACUUCCUUCUGGAUGCCUCUGAACAGCAACAAUACAAGGAAUCAAUUUUGGCCUAUGCUCUCCUACUACAAGCAGAUGAACGUGAGGCGGCUUCUCGAAAAAGCAUUGGGGAUACCUGCGAAAGAUUCAUGUAUGAUAAAUUCAACGAAAAGGUUGAAAUGCCCAUUGAUAAGGCUAUGGAUACAUUGCUAAGGUUAGGUCUUGUAGCAGAGAUAUCUCCAGAAGGCAGCUUCAGACUACAGGCUCUUCCAUGUUCCAAAGCAUAUGAAACCCUCAAAAAACGUUGGGACAGCUUGCUAGGAUGAAAGAUCACAGCAUGUUUAUUUCCCUAGUUUUGGAUAUAGGCAAUAGAAGGACCAUAAUUUUUUGUGGGCCUUAGCCUUCGACUUGUCCGGUCUUGAACCAUAAGCAGGUUUGGAAGCAAAUAGAGACCUAUUUACAGGCUCGUAGAGCAGCUAUAUUUAUCCAGUGGUCAGCAAUGGCUAAAUUAUCUGCAUUGAGCAGCACAAUAGAAACUUCAUAUUUCUGGUGCAAUAGGAUAUAUUAUAGGUGAUGAAUGGUGCAAAACGCAUUCCAAGACAACCUCAUGAUCAACAAGCCAAAAAUAAUCUUUGUAAGGGUUAUGCAGAUGCUUUCAGAUUUCAGGUCCUCCUCACCACUGUUUCAAUGAAGAUCAGUCCAUUCCACCUCCAAUUUGUAAGUAAUAGCUUCAAAUCACUCUCUAAGCUGAUUCUCGUGUGCCA